AUGACGCGAUUUCUACAAGGUAAUCUGAAUAGAUGUGCCUUGGCGCAGAAUCUACUGCGCCAACGUAUCUUUGAAGAUAAGAUCGAUAUCUGCCUUAUCUGCGAGCAAUAUAUGAAUAUUCAGAAUAAAUCAUGGUUUGCAGAUAAAUCUGGCACGGCAGCAAUAUGGAUCACAAACUCAAAGAAGAUCACCGUCAAUGACAACGGAAGCGGCGAGGGUUUCGUGUGGAUCAACACUCCCUCGACCUACUGUGUAAGCGUCUACCUUUUACCAAAUGAAGGGAUUAGCGUAUUUCGCCAGAAAAUGGCAAGCAUAGAAGACGCUCUCGGCAAAUUUGAUGGAGAAGUCAUUGUAGCUGGUGAUUUCAACGCGAAAUCGGCAGAGUGGGGCGCCGAAUACUCGGACACUAGAGGAAAUGACGUGGCGGAUUUUGCUGCAAGAUUAGACCUUACUGUGUUAAAAACUGAGAGUAUUACAACCAAAAUGUAA